UAAUAGUAAUAGGCAUUCUCUCUUGCCACUGCCAUUCCUUCCCACAUAUCUUGUUCUGCUUCCCAACGUUCUUGAGGUCUCUCCAGGCAUUCUCUUGAAUUCUCGCUCUUUUCAUGAAGCAUUCUUUUUGUCUUUAGUCAUACCUAUCAUUCAAGAUGGAACACCCACGACCUGUCCUUCCUUCUCAGAGAUACUCGCCGGCAUCGGAUUAUGCGUAUGAAACAGACCACGAAGUAAUGCCCAUAACACGAACGCCCCUUGGCGAAUCCACGGGCAAUAUCCAGCCACAUAAUCUUGCUGCUCUAGCACUUUGUAAUCACUCCUUAUCACCACCUAUUCAUCCUAUACCAACACCACCUAUAGUCCCUACGCAGGCUCUUACCUCAAGUUAUGGGACAAGCCUUCGAGGCGGACGUUCUUUACACCGAGAUGUAUCAUUACGAGAAUCACCAAUGGGUUAUCCGAGGGGCAGCAAGAACCCCAUCUACGCGUACAAACAUUUCGCCGAUUAUCGUAAUAAAGUAAUGCAAAAGGAGCUCGAGAAGGAACAACCGAUAUGGCCUUUGUGGUUGGAGGAUGCCUUUCUCGAUGCUCUUCUCUUAAUUCCCCAGAUGGGCCGGAAGAAAUUCAGCUCAAAGACUAUUCUGUAUGGGCGUAAUAUGCUCAUCACAGAAUACUUAUGGAUCUACCAUUGGUUAUUACAUCCUCCACAGAACGGCGAGGUUAUCCCAAAUAGACAACAGAGGGAGAAGGGUCCGGAUGGGAAGCCUCAUCCUAUGUACCGAGGACGAAAGCAGGUAUCAAGCCACAUCCAAGUUUUGAAGGGUUUCUUCGCUACGUUGGUCACCUUCCACUUCAUCUUCCCAAGCAAGAGAGAUGCCAAGGAAGAAGACAGAAAGUUAAUAAGGGACGACGACGACACCGAAUCUUUCAAGAACAACAGGGUGUUAAUAUCCAUAGCCGAUGGGCGUUUACCUGACGAACGACCCAAUUAUGAGUAUUUCGCCCGCCUCUUAAGCGCCGACAACGAUGUCUUUUUACGUCCAAAACAGUGCUGGAUCUUCGUUUCAUCUUCCCAAGUUAGUCUCAAGGAGAAACACGUCAAGAUGGACGAUGGAACAACCAAGAAACAAGUCACGGGUUAUACAUCCAACGGCCAAUGGUUGGGAGAGUCUGACUACCCUCAUCUCAAGCUUAACGACGGCAAGGAGUAUAAGGACUUGCCUCGAAACGGUGAUCAACCAACUAUGCUUCUACAUGAAUACUCUAGAUCAAUUUCACAGAAGGAAUCCUCUUCCAUCAAGGAUAUCUCUAACAGAUGGGACGUUCAAUUCCCAGAGCUGAAGGAGAAGCUUCUUUCAGCACUGGACGACACGCAUCCUUCAGACGAGAGAUCAUCUCGCUGCGUUGUCGGUCCCUGCGACACAUUCCAGUUCGAAGUGACCCUAGACCUCCAUGCGACAUCCAAGUUCCCUGACGGUUCGGAGCUCAACGGCAUGGUCGAACUCUCAAUCAACCGCCCCGAGCUACACAACCACAAUUGGCGGUCCGUGACCUCCGUUGUAAAGCCUGAUGAGCUGCACAUCUCCGGGUCGGAGCCGGACUUCUGGGACCGGAGCAACCCAGUGGAAGUGAUUGUCUCCCACCGCGUCGGAUGCAACGGCGUUGGAAGAUGCGAUUGUGCAUCCCGCGGUAGCAGAGAUACGAUCGGUGUACCAUUCCCAGCUGCCAGCUGGGCUAAUACAUUUAUCAAGUUAGCCCCCUACGUCACUGCGGAGCGGGAGCGUAGGGCUCGUGAACAAGAGUCACGCAAGGGACAACGGCCUUCUCGCACAGACCGCGCGAUGAAGAAAGAUGAUGAUGCUGCGGGUAAGACAGGCAGCGCAAAAAUGCCGACGCCUAAAGAACUCUUGUCUCAGGUUGCCAUGUACCAAGAAAUUUGGUCUGCUCCCAACGACGGCACCACUGCCACUAGUGGUAGCGAAGGCAGCAAACGUGGAUGGACACGGCGCGCUGUCGUCCUUUGGACUUUCACCCCCGUACACGAGAACACAGAUGAUAAGGGAAAGACAGUGACCGUAGCCGCAGGCACAAACUGGAAAUUCCUAACCAAAGUCGACCCUACAUCCGAAUAUCACCAGCAACGCGCUUAUCAGACGGGCGCUCCCUCGAUCCCCCGUGACAGCGUCAUGUCCCCUAACCCCGGCUUCCAAGCCCACGUCCAUGCGGCCAUGCACGAGAAUCUAAGCGCGGCGUACGAUACGCCGCUCCCAGUGCCUUCUACGCUACCAGGACAAUCGCACAGGCAUCAUAGCCAGAGCCAGGGGCAUGGGCAAGGGCAUCACCAGCAGCAUGCGCAUAUACCACCUGGCCUAGAUCUACUAGAUGGGUUUGACAAUGGGCUAGUAACGCCACCGCCCACAGCUUCGUUGACGGGCGGGUACCCGCAUAGCUUCGACGAGAGCGGCAGCGCAGAUUCCGCCUUAAACCAUCAUCUCAGUUUCAUAUCCGACGGGACAAGCGGGGCUGGGUCGACAGAGAUACCGGCGCCUACAAAUCACAAUACCAACAGCACUACAGACCCGUUCCUCUCCGGUCUUGGGGUUCCCGUCUCGACCUAUGAGGACCCGACUGGAACAGACUGGGCUGCGCCACACGGGCCAGGGGGGCUAGGUCUCGAUGUAGGAGUGGGAGGAAUGAACGUCGGCGGCACAGCUUGGAACCCCGGAUACGGCGUCACCUGGGCCGACACCGCCGGCCUGACAAGCGCGACGACGAGUGCCAGCGGAGGAGAGGCGCUAUGGGCUACGGCUCCGAACAGCCUUUCCGGCCACGAGUCCCGCGAUAAUAGCCUUAGCGGCGCAAGCACCGGGCACUGGAGCGAGGAUAAGUACACUCACCACCCACAUCAACAAUCAUCGUCCGGUGUACCUCCGGACCCUUGGACAUGGCAGGGCGGUAACCACGCUGCCUGGGACGUGGAUACGCAGGACUUCUCGCUUAAUUUGGGGACUGGCAGUGGGACGGGGUUGACGCCCCUUAGGUCUGCUCAGCACUCUUAUCCGCAGCAACAUCACGGUGGUGCCCAGGUUGCGGGACGCAAGCGCUCGCGCGAAGAGAGUGUCGAUGCUGGGGACACGGUCUUCCCCGUUCACUCUAUGCGUAAGCUGUCGCAUCCGCAUCCGCAUCGCCAACGACAGGGUCACGUACAGCAAAAUGCGCCGACGGCGGUUAUGGACGAUGGACAAGGGUUUUUGUGAGGGGUUAUGGCUCUCGUUCUUACUGCUACUUCUACUACGGCCAUUUACAUCGCCGACUCCUUUUACUACUACAUCGGAUCUUCAUUACAAUACCUACACACAUUGGCGCCGGCCAUUUUGGAGUUUUAUACGGAUUAGGGUAUCGGUUCAUUUUUUUCACUCGUAUUUGUAUUUGUAUUAUAUAUCGGAGUUUCGUCAAGGGGCGUUGGCUGGAAUGGGUUUUGUUUAGGUUUCUUCCGGGCUUUGAUCAAGCUCCGCUGGCGGCUUGGGAUUUGGAAAAUUAGGUACGGGAUUUAAGGAACGCGGGCUCUUUUGGU